AUGGAGGAGCACGCGUACGACCACAGCAGCGGUGGCAUGAGCCCGUCGACGCCGCCAGUGCAGCAGCGCAGGGGGCCCUCGCGCCACGCGACGGUGCCCAGGGCCGCCACAACGCGACCGGCGAUAAGGAUCAUCCACAUCAUCUCGCCGGAGAUCAUCAAGACCGACGCCGCCAACUUCCGGGACCUCGUGCAGCGCCUCACCGGGAGGCACCACCACCAGAACGCCGAUGCCAGGGCGGACGAGGAUGACAACAACAAGGAAGUGACGGUGGGCGUGGCGCCAACGCCGACGUCCCCAGUAGAGGAGAAGCCACAGUCGCAGAAGAAGAGGCUAGCCGACGAUUUCGUUGUGCAACAGGAGAACGGGAGGAGGAAGAAAUACCAUAAUGACUACUCUAACAAGAAGAUCAAGUGCGAGGUGGUGAAGGUGGAGGAAGGAGGGUUCGGCUGCGGCGUCGGCGGUGAUAUCGAUUUCAGCGAGCUGUGGAUGGAUCUCAACCCCGGGGGAUUCCUGAGCUUCUUGGAGGAGGACGUCUUCCAGGGGAUGAUAGCUCCGGAUUUGCUGCAGCAGCCUCUGGGUGCACCGACACCGAGGAUGGAUUUGGUUGGCGAAAUGUGCGCCUCCUGUCUAGCUUAG